AUGGAAGAAACUGAAGACAGCAUUGCAGUGGUGGGAAUUGGAUGCAACUUUCCAGGGGGCGAGGGGCUUGACAAUUUCUGGAAAGUUCUGGUGAAUGGGAAAAACUGUUCUGUGUCGAUUCCCAGAGAGAGAUUUGACUUAACCAGCUGGUAUGAUCCCGAUGACAACAAGCCGGGUAAAACCCGGACAGCCAAGGCCGCUCUCAUUGACAGGUUUAAUGAAUUUGACAACAGGUUUUUUGGCAUCAGUGACAGUGAAGUGGAACAAAUGGAUCCUCAGCAAAAACAGCUCCUUCAGUGUGUCUACAGGGCUUUAGAAAAUGCUGGAAUUCCUAUGGAAAAAGCCAGUGGGACCAGAACAGGAGUGUUUUUUGGAAUAAUGAACAGAGAUUAUGAAACAAAUGCUGCACAUGUGCACCCAAGUGUGAUCAACCACUGGACCGGCACGGGGCUUGCCAUGAGUAUUGCAGCAAACAGAGUCUCCUAUGUCUUCAACUUCACUGGACCCUCGCUGUCCUUGGACUGUGCCUGUUCUUCAUCCCUUGUGGCUCUUCAUCUUGCCUGUCAAUCCAUUAAGCAUGGCGAUUGUGAAAUGGCUGUUUGUGGGGGGGUCAGCUGCAUCUUUGAGCCAAGAGUAUUUGUUGCACUCAGCAAAGCCAAGAUGAUCUCGCCUGAUGGAACCAGCAAACCUUUUUCCAACAGAGCAGAUGGAUAUGGCAGAGGGGAGGGAUGUGGAGUAGUUCUCCUAAAGCCACUGAAAACGGCUCUUCAAGACCAUGAUCAUAUCUGGGGAAUAAUCAGCAAAACUGCUGUAAACCAAGAUGGCCACUCCGUCACUCCAAUCACCAAACCAUCCAUGAUGCAACAAGAGGAGCUUCUCCGCAGAAUCUAUUCAGAGUCUGACCUUGCAAAUGUCCAGUACAUAGAGGCGCAUGGGACUGGAACCCCAGCUGGAGACCCAACAGAGGCAAGAAGCAUUUCAAACGUCAUUGCCAAAUCCAGACCUCCUGGUUCAAAGACACUCUGGAUUGGUUCUGUGAAGAGCAACAUUGGACACACAGAAUCUGCAGCUGGAGUAGCUGGACUCAUUAAGGUUCUCCUAAUGAUGAAGCAUGAGACCAUAGUUCCUUCAGUUUUCUACACUGAUAAUACUUCCAGUGUAGAUGCCGCAGCACUGAACAUUAAAAUUCCUAAGGAAACAGAAAUAUGGGAAUGCUCUGGUGCAAGAGUUGCAGGAGUGAACAACUUUGGCUUUGGGGGAACAAAUGCACAUGCUAUUGUCAAACAGCACAUUCAGUCAUAUGCUAAGCAAAAGUGUGAUAAGAAGCAAGUCAAGUAUUUUGUCAUGUCUGCAAAUUCUUCAAAAUCACUUACCAUGAUGAUGGAAGAUACCAUUAAUCAACUAGAGGCAGAAAACAAAUUUGAUCUCGAUUCCUUCCUCUAUACAUCAGCUUGCAGAAGAACCCACCAAAAACAUAAAUACAGAAAGGCCAUCACAGUAUCUUCUGUAGUCGAUCUAAAAGAGAAGCUUAUUGCAACUGCUGACAAAAAUGUCAGUGCUUCCUACUCAAAUCCAAGGUUAGUGUUUGUCUUCUGUGGAAAUGGUCUCACCUACCACGGUAUGUGCAAGCAGCUACUAAAAAAUGAGCUGAUAUUCAGAGAAAAGAUCAAAGAGAUCAGAGAACUGUUCCAAAAUUGGAGUGAUCUGGACAUCCUGGAUACACUUGAGAGCGACUUUGAAAGCAGUGACUUCCAAAACCCAGAUGUUGUCCAACCUCUCCUCUUUGCUAUCCAGGUUGGGAUCACAACCCUUCUCAGGCACUGGGGAGUCAAACCUGAUGCAAUUCUUGGACACUCUGUUGGUGAAGUGGCAGCCGCUCACUGUUCUGGCCUCUUGUCUCUGGAGGACGCAGUAAAAGUCAUAUAUUUCCGCAGCAUUCUCCAAAGAAAAGUCACUGGGGGGAAAAUGCUUGUGAUCAGCAACCUGGCUGUAUCAGAGGCAGCUUCACUGCUCCCUCCUUACUCUGGUAAAGUUUGCUUUGCUGCAUUCAACAGCCCACAGUCCUGCACCCUUUCAGGUGAUGCACAUGCAAUUGAGCGCCUCCAUAAGGAGCUAAGCAACUCUGCCAAUAGUCAGAAUCUGUUUCUUCGUGUGCUGGAUGUCCCCGCUGCUUAUCACAGCCACACGAUGGACCCAAUUCUACCAGACAUUGUGGGAAAAAUUGGCUUCUUACAGGUGAAUGAUCUUGACACAGAGUUGUUCUCAACAGUGACAGGCAAAGAAGUCCAGGAGGGAAAUUUCUGCACAGGUGAAUACUGGGCUAGAAACAUUCGUGAGCCAGUUGCUUUUGAGCAGGCAGUAAAGUCAGCAUCUAGAGGGAAUAAGAACACAGUCUUUGUUGAGAUAGGUCCAAGAAGGGCGCUGCAGAGAAACAUUAUGGAAUCUCUGGGAAAUGACACGAUUGUCCUUGCCUCCGUGCAGCCAGAUAAAGAUCAUGAAUCAGUCAUAUCUGUUGUUUCUAAACUGUUUGAACUUGGCGUUCAGGUAGAUUGGAACACCUUCUAUAACGGCUAUGAGACAGUGCCUCUGCCGUUCCCAAAAUACCAGUUUGACUGCUCAGACAAAGAUGUGAUCAUUGGGGCAGCACAGAAUAACACAGCAAGCAAUCAUCCCAUUCUGUGUCAGACAGGAAGUGAAAGCAAUACCUUCACUUGUGAUCUGAAGUCUGACUCUUCUUCCUACUUGAAAGAGCACAAGCAUGGUGACAUACCCAUUAUUCCUGGUGCUUUCUAUGCUGAGUUGGGUUUAGCUGCAUACAUGGCCAGUGCUAAACCAAAAGUACCUCUCAGUUCAUUGCAGCUCAGUGUUAAUUUUCACAGUCCAUUUGUUUUAACGCAGAAUCCACCUGAAAUGAAAGUGCAACUAGAACAAGAAGAGCAGGAAACUAGAUUCACCGUUCUCUCCUCAUCUGCAGUUUUUGCAUCAGGCACUGUCGUUUCAAAGAAGGAGAGGCUGAUUGAGGAGCAACGCAUUUCACUAAGCUCCAUAUUCAAACGGUGCACAUCUGCAGUGAGCUUUCAGGAGUUUUAUGGGUAUCUCUCUCAAGGUGGUUUUCAGUAUGGUGACAUCUUCCAAAAUAAGAGGGAUGUGCACUAUGGAGGUGAUCUGAAGGAGGCUUUUGCAGAUGUCUCAGUUCCAGAAGAAUUGCGGUCUCAUUUGCAUGACUACUGCAUUCAUCCUGUUUUGUUGGAUUAUCUGAUGCAGCUUCUCCCAGUUACAGUAGAGCACAUUUUCGCUGGCAGGCCAGGAUUUCCUGCCAAAAUAGGGAGUCUUACAGUGUUUGAACCCUUGCAAAAUGAGAUGAUUAUCUACCUGAGGGCAACUGAUGUGGGCACUGAUCACUUUGAGGUUUGUGGUUGCUUUGCAGACAAGGAAGGCAGAGUGUUGGUUGAGGUCAAGAACGUAACAAUCAAGUACAUUGGCAGUCAGUCUCAUGUGGUAGAUGAAUACUUCUACCACAAUUCCUUUAAUGUUAUUCCAAAUAACUGCAUUCCUACUCCUCCUCCAAAAGCUUUGGUAUUCUGUGAUCCUCUGGGGAUCGCUGAUGGUCUACGGAAACAUUUGGACUCAGCAUCUACUUACAUUUCCUUCACACAUGCGAAGGAUAUCUUGGGCAGUGGUUUUCCUUCUCUCUUGGCAAAUCUUAAAAUCAGAAAUAUUGGGAGAAAAUUUGAUGAGGUCUUGUUUUUGUGGGGCAAAGAAGACCUCACAUUACUGUCAGCCGAUGACAUCCUGGAGAAUCUGGCUGACUGCUGUGAGAUUUUCCGCCAGAUAGUUGUUGAGCUAAAGCGAAUUCACUUCCCAAACUCGAUUAGAGCAGUAACUUACCGUUCAUCUGACAUCACAGUAGACCACAUAAGUCCAGAUUUUGCUCUUGUUGGCAUGACCCGAUCAUUCGCUGCAGAGAUACCAGAGCUUUCUUUUCAGCUGAUUGACAUAAGCAGUAUCUCUGCUAAGGACAUUGCAGCUCUGUCUGAUGUCCUUAGAUCAUACCCAUGUAGCAAGCACCCAGAACUGGUGGUAAAAGAUGGACUGGUUUUAAAACCUUCCAUUGUGCGGACCCCAAAAGAAAUCACUGACAAUGCAUUGCACACUUACACUUAUACAAUGUCUGAAACUUGCAUUUUUCAGACAGCUGAUGCUCAUGAAAUCACUCAACUGAGUGCUAUUCGCUUUGACGAGGAGGCUGAGCCAAUCGGUGACACAUUCAUUGAAAUUCAUCCCAGUAAGCUGUGUGUUCAUUCUUCAGACUAUUUCCCAGUCAGCUCUUCAAAUCUAAACUUUGGCAAAACACUGUAUUGGAACAAGCACUCUUCUCAGAAACACAAGCUGCUUGCUCUUGACUUCAGUGGUACCAUCACAGCAGUUGGAAAACAUGUAAGGAAAUUUAAAGUGGGAGACCACAUUGCAUGCUGUUAUCCCGUGGUGGCGGCAAGUAAGAUCAGGGUGCCGCAGGAUGUGUGCUACAACACCAAAAGGUUCUCGUUCCUCAAAAAAACACCCUGUGUUUCCUACUUUGUGCUAGCAUGGGAAAUCCUGCAUCGAGCCUUACUUGGAGCCAAGCAUAGUUUAAGGAUCAUAUGCUCUGUGCCUGAUUCUGCUUUAGUGAAAAUCUUGGCACUUAGCUCCUGCAAAUCAGGCUGGAAUACUAAUGUUGACACACAGUGCAAUGGGACUUUUGUACAUGCCAAUCAGUUGGGUGCAGUUGUCAUCCUGCCUCCAUUUGAUGAAUCCCUGACUGCUAAAAUUUGCAACUUUCCAGGUGUCCGACAUGUUGUAAUUGUAUGUGAAUCUCAGAAACAGGGUAUUUUUGCAGAGGAACUGUCCCAAAGUGCAAAGGAAGAUGUUCACAUACAGACAAUUCAGAUGCCAGACAUUUUGCAAAAGGGAUUCCUGAGAACACACAGGCCAUAUAUUUAUCACUGGCUGAAGUCUUUGAACUUGAGUGGGAAAUUGGCUAUUGAAAGUUUUACCUUUCAGGGUGCAAAAUCUGAACGCAAAAGCAUUGAUUCAGAAAAACCAAAAUCAUAUUUCAACCUGAAGAAAUUGGCUGUUGUGGCUUUAGAUGUUAGCAGUACACUGUCUGAGAUUCCACUGAUCCCAACAAAAAAACAACUCUUUCAAAAGAGGGCCGUGUACGUAGUGGCAGGGGGUCUUUCUGGUCUGGGCUUUGAAACUGUUAAGUUCAUCUCACAACGAGGUGGUGAACACAUUGUCAUUCUCUCCAGAAGCAAGCCCACACCAGAAGUGCAGCAAGAAAUCCACAAUGUGGAGAAACAGUGUGGAAACAGCAUCACCAGCAUGGAGUGUGAUAUAUCUGUUUCUACGAAUGUGCACAAGGUCAUCAAUGCCAUUGGCCAGAAGUUCCCUGGUUGUCCAAUCAGAGGUGUGUUUCACAGUGCAGUAGUUUUGCAUGAUGGGCUGAUUGAGGCCCUCAAUAGAUCGCUAUAUGAGAAGGUUUUCAGACCAAAAGUAAACGGUGUUAUGAAUUUGCACCAUGCAACAAAGCACUGUCCGUUAGAUUACUUUGUGUGUUAUUCCUCCAUCUCUGCUUUCCUGGGAAACGCAUCACAAACAAACUAUGCUGCGGCCAACACAUUUCUCGAUCUGUUCUGUCAAUACAGGCACAAACUCGGCCUGCCUGGGCAGUCUAUCAACUGGGGAGCGCUGAACCUCGGUCUGCUCUUAAACAAAGAACAUUUCCAGCGUUUUCUGGAGGCAAAGGGAAUGAUGGUUUUAGAUGUGGCUGAGAUUUAUCAAAGCUUGGAGCAAUGCCUCGUGCUCAACCGACCCCAGCAAGCUGUUUGCAGGUUUCACUUCAGAAACAUCAGGUACAACGUCCUCUCGCAAAAUAAAGCCUUGACCAUGCGUCUGUCAGCAGUAGUCGAAACAGCCUUUCAAAAAUCUAAAGAGACUGAUUUUCAAAAUAAAGAAGUCGUCUCUGUCUCACCAAAAGUAUAUGUGGUCUCUCUACUUAGUGAGACCAUUGGCAUGGACCAGCGUGAGCUGAAAGAUGAUUUACCUCUUUCGUCCUUAGGCAUUGACUCCAUGCAGGCUAUGACUCUGCAGAAUCUGAUCUUUCAGGGGAGAGGUGUGAAUGUGCCUCUGGUGAAAUUGUUGGAUCCCAAUGCGACUGUUGCAACAGUGGUAGCUCUACUCGAUGAAGGGGCUGAAGAUGAAAGUGUCAGUGAAAACCAAGAGUCUCUUGCAGUUGAAGAGAGAGGUUAUGUUUCUACUAGAUUGUGAAAAACUCCAAUGCAGAUAUUAUUGUAGCAUAAACAGAAUUGGCCAUCAGAACACGAUAUAUACUUUACACUCAGAACAAAUGAGGAGAUGCACACUGUUAUAAAACAAACUUCUUAUGUUAUUGUAACUUGUUUAUAGUAUACUUUGCAUUCUUUUUUCUACAUAUUUUUGGAUUUUGGUUGAU